UAUGAAAACUCCCAUGUAUAUGGCCAACGCAUCAAAGAAAUCUCCCAGCCUAAUAUUCAAAUUUGCAGGACUACUCUUAUUUGCAACAGCUCUAGGAAGUUGCAGUGACGAAAUAGCAAUUGCAGUAUUGGAACGUCAUAAUCAGUACAGAACUAAACACGGAGUUCCCGCAUUGACCUUAAACGCGCAGCUGAGCGUUUACGCAAAGGAGUGGGCUGAGCAUUGCGCGAAAACGUCGUCUUUGUCACAUCGUCCAGGUAACCACUACGGGGAGAAUCUCGACUUUACGUACUACCCUGGCGUGACCGACGCGGAAAUAGCACAAAACAGUGUAGAUUUAUGGUACAACGAAGCCCAGAGGUACACCUAUGGCACCGAAAGUGUUCAGUUUGCCACUUUGCAUUUCACACAGAUCGUUUGGAAGGGUUCUCUCGAACUUGGUGUUGGUAUCGCCAAGAAUUCGGAAGGAGGGAUAUUCAUGGUCUGUAAUUACAACCCAUCCGGCAAUAUUGAGUUCCAAUUUGGGAAUAAUGUGUUUGAACCAAUGGAUUAGUCGUAUUUCACCUCUAUCCAUUAAGUCGAUUGUACUAAUUAUUAAUAAAGUGACUCGCCUACUUUA